AUGGCUCCUUCAUCUGAUCGACGUGCACAGCGUAACAGAAGCAGGGACCCUAGUUGGAUCCCUCGACCUAGAAACGCCUUCAUAAUCUUUCGCUGUGAGUACUCACGCAAGCACAGCCAGGCAGCCCAAGAAGGCGACGAGGAAUCAGAAGCACCAAAUCCUACUGCCAAGACCCUCUCCAAGCGAGCCGCUGAGGCGUGGAAGGAGUUGUCGGCUUCUGAAAAGGACAUUUAUAAGGUGCUUGCAGAUAAGGAGAGAGAGGACCAUGCACGUCUUUACCCCCACUAUCGCUUUCGUCCAAUGAGGCGCCAAAUCUCUGGAUUGAAGAAACGUCAAUACGAUAUGGGCCUGACUAACAGCAGUUUCCUGCUGGAUUCAGACGAACAAAUGCCUCACUAUAUCGCAGAUGUGGAUGAAGACUCGCAAGAGGAUGUUGUACAUCAACAGGUCAUCGAGAAGGAAGGGAGCGAGAGUGUCGAGGCAUACGGAGACUUCGCGCCGAAAGACGCCCCUGGGAACUGUGCCGCAGCUCAACGACGAUCGUCGUCUGUUCCGCUACCCGACGCGUUUCUCACUCCCAUCCUCCCAUCAUACGCUCCAAAAGACGACUCAUGCAGGGCUCGCUCGACUGAAGGACGAGAGUGGCCACUGCGUCCUCUUGAUUAUGUGUCACAGGCGGCACAU